AGGUCUACCCUCAUUUCAAAUUCCUCAAAGCCCGCCCUCUUUCUACCUCCCCUUCUUUUGCUCCCCCCAUUUAGUAGCUCAAUAAACGAAGCCCUAAAACAAGAAAUCUAUCGACCGAAGUUGAGCUCUUCUCCCUUCCCUUCUCCUCUUUUCCUUCCACACCCCGUUCAUUAGUUCAAGAAACGAAACCUCGAUCGAAGGAGAGCGAUGGCGACCAACAUCGGGAUGAUGGACUCGGCAUACUUCGUGGGCCGGAACGAGAUCCUCGCGUGGAUCAACUCCACUCUCCAACUCAAUCUCUCCAAGGUCGAGGAGGCCUGUUCCGGGGCCGUGCACUGCCAGCUGAUGGACGCUGCGCACCCGGGGAUCGUACCGAUGCACAAGGUGAACUUUGAUGCCAAGAAUGAGUACGAGAUGAUCCAGAACUAUAAGGUCCUUCAGGAUGUCUUUAAUAAGCUCAAGAUAACCAAGCACAUUGAAGUAAACAAGCUUGUAAAAGGAAGGCCCCUGGACAAUUUGGAGUUUAUGCAGUGGAUGAAGAGAUACUGUGAUUCUGUCAAUGGUGGUGUUCUGAUCAACUAUAAUGCUUUAGAGAGGAGGGAUGCUUGCAGAGGUGGAAAAGAAGCAAACAAGAGGUCAUCAUCGUCUUCUCAAUCAUCCGUCAGAUCUUCAUCUGCUGCCAUUAAAACUCAAGCCUCCCAUGCUACAAAAAAGAAUGAUGGGCAUGUUGCAAAUGGAUCGCAUAGGACCAUAAAACCUGCCACUAGUUCUGUUGCUCAUGCUUAUGAUGAACAGAUCACUGAGCUGAAGCUUUUUGUGGAUAGCCUUGAGAAGGAAAGGGACUUCUACUUUGGUAAAUUGAGGGACAUUGAAAUUUUAUGCCAGAACCCUGAGAUAGAGCACUUGCCUAUUGUUUGUGCAAUUCAGAAGAUACUGUAUGCUGCAGAUGAUAGCUCAUCUGUCGUGGCAGAAGCACAAGCCAUGAUAGCACAGCAACGGAUCGAACCACCGCCACUCAGCCCUAUCCUUGAGACGUCAGAAGAAAAACCAAAGCAAGAAGUGCAGAAGAGAAAGGAUAUCUCCACCCUUGAGUUUGAUGCGGCGGCCCAUUCGACGCUGUCCCCACGGCAGAGGCUCUCUGACAUCUCGGAUGUGCACUACUGUGGAUCACCACUUACCAACUACUGAGAAAUUUUCGAGUUCAAAGCAGGUCCAUCAACUAAACCGGUCCAUUUUUCUUGGGUGCUUGCUUGUGAAGGUACAUGCUUGGCUCAGUCACUUUGCUCCUUAUCUUAACCAGGUCUCCGUAGCAACGGAGCGUUGCCCAUGAAAUGGAAUCUCAUAUGCAUUUCCUGAUAUGAGAUUUGGUGCCAAAUUUGGCUUUGGAAUACCGGAUGU